AUGGAAAGACACUGCUCAGGCAUCGGCUGUCGCAAUGCAGCCGGGUCUUUGCAAUGUCCAACGUGCCUAAAGCGAAAUAUUGAAGGCAGUUACUUCUGCUCUCAGGAAUGCUUCAAGACAAACUGGGCCGAGCACAAAACAGUCCAUAAAGUACAGAGUACAUCCGGUUACUACAACCCAUUUCCGAAUUUCAGAUUCACAGGAUCCGUACGACCUGUCUAUCCGCUGUCGCCUCGACGUUCAGUCCCAAAGUCCAUUCCUGCGCCCGACUGGUGGAAAGAUGGAAUCCCAAAGUAUCCGCCAUCGAUGAGAAGGAGAAACAAGGCUGAGAUACUAGAUGCGAAGGGACAGGCGAGCAUGCGAAAAGUCUGUCGACUGACACGGGAGGUGUUGGACAUUGCAGCAGCGGCAGUCCGCCCUGGCAUCACCACCGACCAGCUGGACGAGAUCGUUCACGCAGCGUGCAUAGAGCGAAACGCCUAUCCGUCUCCGUUGAACUACAACCAUUUCCCCAAGUCCAUGUGCACCUCUCCUAACGAGGUGAUUUGCCACGGCAUACCCGAUCAACGUGUCCUUCUGGACGGCGAUAUCAUCAACCUGGAUAUAUCCCUCUAUCAUGAUGGCCACCAUGGCGACGUCAAUGAAACCUACUACGUUGGCGACCGAGCAAAGAAUGACCCAGACUCAGUCCGUGUCGUCGAAGCCGCACGAGAGUGCCUCGAUGAAGCUAUCAAGGCCGUAAAACCUGGUGCGCUCUUCAGGGAGUUUGGGAACAUCAUUGAGAAACGAGCCAGGGGAAGCGGAUGCAGCGUCGUGCGGGCUUACUGUGGACAUGGCAUCAACCACUUCUUCCACUGUCCGCCCGACAUCCUCCACUACGCCAAGAACAGGGCAGUUGGAGUGGCGAAACCCGGCAUGACGUUUACGAUCGAGCCCAUGAUUGCCCUUGGUAGUUUCCACGAUGUCACUUGGCCGGACAACUGGACGGCGACGACAGUUGAUGGGAAGAGGACAGCCCAAUUUGAGCAUACUCUGCUAGUAACCGAGGAUGGUGUCGAAGUGUUGACAGCGAGAAAGCCAGAUUCCCCAGGUGGCCCUGUUCCCAUGCCUUACGGCAGUUGA